UGGGUACCUUCAGAUGUCAGCACAGACUCUUUCAGGCGUCGGGGUUGCAGAUGGAUUAAAGAUUAAGAAACAGCGGGGGAAUCAAUCGUUUCCUUUCCGGAGAUACUCCGCUGAAAGUGACACAACGUGGGCGGCGCGUCGGGGAGCCGAUCUGCAGCAGCGGCGCGGCUGCUCCACGCAGGAGUCAGGAGCUGGGUGUGAAGCUGAGUGGACGUGACGGCGUGGUCCUUCCAGUGCGGUGACCUGCGGAACAAAACACGCGUGUAGGCAGAGAGCGGGGCUUGGGUUCAGGUGAAACGGCUCCCCUGGUUGGAGCGCGUCUGACCAAAUUGGAUCCCACUUUAUUAGAGAGGUGGAAAAACGACCAGAAUGAUGCUGUUUUUGUAGAUUGUUUUUAAUCUGAGCACCUGAAAUGUUCCAGCUCGUGUGGCGCGGAUGACAAACUGGAUAUAACCUCUGCAGAAAACAUUUUGGAGACGUGACUUGAGGCGUUCCACCAGCGCGUAUCUGCUCUGUUAUUUCCAGCCACGACGCGUCUUUGGCACAGCAAUAAAUCAGAGAAAUGCGCUGCUGCGAAUUUCCUUUGCCAAACUGAACUCAAAGGAGCGCGAUCGGGAGCCAAGAGGUGGAUAAAGACGUUUCCUUAGUGAAGUGAUAAGAACACUUUUAUUGCCACAUGACAAUUAGGUGAAAAGGUCUGGAGAUGCGGCGCAAAUGCUUUUGUCUGCUUCAGUUGUUCGCCGUUGUGAGCCUCCUCCCCUCGGCCUCCUUGGCAGAUCGGACAUGUAUAGCUCUGCUCAUGCUGGCAAGGAACGUCUCGCUGCAGUCCCUGAUGGCCUCCUGGAACCAAACCAUGAUCAACACCACGAGCCAGUGGAGCGGCUCGGGAAUUUACUGCGAGACCUCCCUCGAUGUCAUCGGCACCUGCUGGCCCAGGAGCGGCGCCGGUCAGAUGGUGUCCCGGCCCUGCCCCGAAAAGUAUGAAGGCGUCAGAUACAACACCACCAAUAACGUUUACAGGAAAUGUCUUGAAAAUGGGACGUGGGCGCUGAAGGGGAACUACUCCAUGUGUAAGGAAAUACUUCAUAAGGAGAAAAAAGGCAUGAUGCACUACAGAAUCGCUAUCAUCAUAAACUUUGUGGGUCAUUGCAUCUCCACGGUGGCUCUGCUCAUCGCCUUCUUCCUCUUCUUGUGCUUGAGGAGCAUUCGAUGUCUCAGAAACAUCAUACACUGGAACCUCAUCACCGCCUUCAUAUACACUGGAACCUCAUCACCGCCUUCAUCCUGACGAACACCGCUUGGUUCAUCGUCCAGCUGACCAUGAGUCCGGAGGUGCACGAAAGCAACGUGAUUUGGUGUCGCGUCGUCACCGCGUCAUUCAACUAUUUCCACUCCACCAACUUCUUUUGGAUGUUCGGAGAAGGCUGCUACCUCCACACUGCGAUUGUCCUCACAUACUCCACCGACAAGCUCCGCAAGUGGAUGUUCAUCUGCAUCGGCUGGUGUAUACCUUUCCCUAUAAUAGUUGCGUGGGCCAUCGGGAAGCUGUACUACGACAAUGAGAAGUGCUGGUUUGGGAAGCAAGCUGGUGUGUACAUUGACUACAUCUACCAAGGCCCCAUGAUCCUUGUGCUAGUGAUCAAUUUCAUCUUCCUGUUCAACAUUGUGAGAAUCCUGAUGACCAAACUGCGAGCGUCUACAACAUCCGAAACGAUCCAGUAUAGGAAAGCUGUGAAGGCGACGCUGGUACUCCUUCCCCUCCUGGGAAUCACCUACAUGCUGUUUUUUGUCAACCCAGGGGAGGAUAAGAUUUCUCAAAUGGUCUUCAUAUAUUUGAACUCGUUUUUGGAGUCCUUCCAGGGCUUCUUCGUGUCAGUGUUUUACUGCUUCCUAAACAGUGAGGUCCGCUCAGCUGUAAGGAAGCGGUUCCACCGGUGGCAGGAGCAGCACUCCAUCCGGGCCAGGAUGACCCAGGCUAUGUCCAUCCCGACUUCACCUUCACGUGUCAGCUUUCACAGCAUCAAGCAUUCCACGUCGCUAUGAAACAGGAAACCAGCUUUAUCCUGCAUACUGGGACAAUCCUCCAGCUGUCAUUGUCAUUAUUUCCCACCACCUCAGCAAAGUACACAGAAAAAAGGAAAAAAAAACUCUCUGAGCAGGGACAACGAGACACUGCAUCGGUGUCCUAAACCUCAGGGGAAGGGGGGGGAGGCAUUACACAGACUUUCUGGAGAAAAUGGAUGAGGACUGAGGGAGAAGGACAUUGCAGACUUUGCAUUGCUAAAGGUUGGCGGAUCAAAAGAUCAGCGAGCUGAUCCGUAUGACCUGGAGUUUUAGUGUGAAUGUACAGCACACCGUUCGGUUUAAUAUUGACUUUGCUGUGGAAAAUCCGUCCCGUGUAUUCCCGCCUGCAUAAUUUGAUUUUGGAAUCGUCAUCCGUUUAAAUCCCGUGACGCUUGUUGGGAAUCCGUCCCGGCGGACUUUGCGCCCUAAAAGCAGAGUCUGAAUAUUUUUGUUUUUACAUUGCUAAUUUUUUUUUGUAUGUUGUACUGUCGUCUCCCUGUUCUCAGCUGUGCUUCUCUCCUCUUUCCAGGGAGGUUAAAUGCAUUCCGUACUUCUAACCUGAAGAGUUUUGUUCCACAGAAAUCAAUUCACGCUGUUUAGCCACAAACAGCUUUUAUUGGCGUCAAGGCAAACGGCUUGAUGGUUGCUUAGAGAAGAACAGUUUAUGGGAAAAAUAAGAAAAGACAAGGUAGGAACAGUUUCUCUGGAUACUUCUGCUAAUAGUUCUCACAAAGUAAAACAUUUUUUUUAGGUGGAUUAAUCAAUAAAUAGGUGCUGAUUGGUGGGUUUCAUUGGUAGCUGUGUCUCCGGGGUUGAUGGGGUCAUCCUCUAAUGGCAGAUUUGACUCCUCAUGGGAAAAGACACAGAGCUAAUAAGGAACGAAAUUAACACAUUAGUGCAGUCCCUUAAAGUUGAUAGAUGCUUUUUCUUGAUUAUGUGCUGCCCUGUGCCCCAGAUCUUCUGCUAAGUAAUACUAAUCACUUCCUGGCUCCUGGCACAGACCAGCUGAGUUCAAGAAGUGCUUGCCCUGUUAUUGUUGCCAAGUUCCUAACAGUGUAUGUGUGGAUUUUGGGCCUUUUCCAUUUGCAAUCCUUUAUAUAAAGUGUAUUAACCAAGUAUGUUUAAUUUCCCAAAAAAACAUAGAUCCAUAAAAGGUAGAAAUAAUUUAACACCAGGAUUAACUGAUAGUGUAGAUAACUCUAAUAAAAAAUACU